AUGGCUUCCCAGCGACGUCAUAUCGGAGCAAGCCGCAGACAGCGCAGAGAUGAAGAUGGGGAAGACGAGGGCUCUCUUGCGGGCGACCUUGAAGAUGACUCCUUGAGUGAGGGCUCAGUUCACAGUCACCAGGAAGAUGAGGAUGCGGAUGUGGAGGGCAGUGAAACAGAAGACGAGGCAUCGACGGGAAUGGGAACAGGCAAGGUGAACGGCAGAAAGGUCAACGGACGAGAGCCAAGACAUAGCUCUACAUCACCCACCAAGCCGGGGCUUAAAACCACUGUUUCCGAUACCGAGGCGAUGCUCAACGGGCUGAGAAUUUCCGAUGACUUAGAGGAAGUCCAGUCUCAUCAGAUGAACGACGAUCGAGAGCUCCAGACCGGCCGAACACCGUCGGCCCCUCCUACCGAACCGAAGCGGGAAACACUGGCUGCUCGAAAGCGCCGGGAUCACGACAAGUACGUAAAGGAAAGGGACCAGAACCCAGCCUUUGUUCCAACACGAGGCAGCUUUUUCUUGCACGACAAGCGAUCGACAGAGUUGGGCUCCAACAGCCAUCGUUCUUCCAACAAGGGCAAGUCCCGGCCGUACGGUCUUAUUGUGGAUGGCAAUACUCAAAGGGACCCUUCCAAGGCCGAUGCGAGCGGCGGGCAGUGGGCUCACGAUCUCCACGACACCGUAGCUGGAGAUGAGCUGCCGCCGCCCAAACACCCAGUCCCCUCUGCUACGCGUCAACCUGCGCCGACAGUUCCUACUGCCCCCAGAUCAUCUCCUCCGAAUCGAACCUUUUCAAGCACUACGUUGCUGGGAAAUGUACCGGUCGUGGUCUUUCUGCCGGGGAUGGCCCAGCCGCAGUCUACGUCCAUGGCUAAGAAACAGCACACCCGCUUGCCUCAACAUCGCCCUCCCUUGCGCCGUGACAAGCCGGUGCGAAUUUCUCUCCCCGCUCAAGCUCCUCGCUACAUAUUUCCAUCAACCGAACGUUCAUUCAUCUUCAUUCCUCGCGCGAUGCGCCCGAACCAGCACACAUACCGUGGUCGGGGCCGAGGUGGCGGAUUCUACCCACGUCGCCCAAGUUUCUACUCCAAUUAUGCCCCAAGCAUUCCUCCGAGCCGCCGGACUUCGCUAGGCAUGUCAUCCCAAGAUGGCUAUCCCUCUCCCGCCGGUUCAAGCUACUCGCGCCCGAUCAUGAUGCCGCCUGAUGCUAGCAAACCUAUUGUUCGUCUACCACCUCCACCGCGCCCAAUUGUUCCAAUCGCCUUUCCCCCGGCACCUUCUGGGAUGCCUAUAGGCGCCCCAGGGCCCAUGCCUCCCAUGCCACUUCCACAUCCUGCGUAUCGUGAGAGUCAGCGCGCUCCGAUUCCAAUGCAUCAACCUCGUCCAAAGAAGACAGUGUCGGUGGCAGAUAUUGAAAGUCCUGAGAACUUCCCAUUCAAUCCUCCCCAGCCUCAGCAUGAACAGCCAUUCCAUCAUCAAGUCCCCGUCCCCGUCAAUGGUCAGGAUGUGGUCACCCGUGGCCCGCCUAGCCAAUCGUCUGCUACUCCGCUCUCCCAGAUCCCCGAGAGAGCAAUCCACGCACCGGCAUUUCAGCCUUACCCCUCAUACCCACAGCCCGGGUUCUAUCCAAGUUACUACCCUGGUGGAAUGUACUAUCCCGGCUCAGGCCCGGAAUACCCUACCUAUAGUGGGCCGAUGGGACCUGGUGCAUCGGUACCAAACUUCCCGCCCGGUCAACAGCCUAUUCCCAAUCAAGCCUCAGGAUCAUCUCGAGAGCAGCCAUCUCAACCAGGAACGGUCGCUCAUGAGUCUGGUGGCACUGUUUAUUUCUACGAUGCCAACCAGAUGUACCCCACCUCUAACUACGGGGCACCCGGGUCUGGCCUCGGAUCCGGGGGCGUGGUGGGGAUGGGAGGCAUGAUGACGCCGCCCGGUACGGGCUACUACUUCCCCCAACCGCCGCCGGGCGCUGGGGGGCUAUAUUACGGCCAGUGA